AUGGAGAACACAAGUAGCUUGCUACUCAACUUUGAGGCAGAGAUGGAAGAUCCGCGGCCAAGUCUAAGCCCAACAGGGCGUCUGUUUCACUCGCCAAAGUUCAGCUGUUACAUUGUUGUGAGAAUGGGCUGCAGCACCUGGAUCAAUCCUCAAGUAUUCAGCGCCGGCUUGAAGGAACACUUGCCUAUGCAUCCUCGGUUCUCUAGCAUAAUGGUGAAGGACAGAAACUUAUGUGGUAAGAAGAGAUGGAUACAAGUUUCAGUAAAUAUGGAGGAUCAUGUUAUUGUUCCAAACAUGGAUUCAGAUAUGGAGGAUGCUGACAAGUUUGUUAGAGACUACAUUUCCCACCUUACCACAAGCCCUCUUGACCUUUCCAAGCCACUAUGGGAAGUCCAUAUCGUCAAUGUCAAAACCUCUGAUGCAGAAGCCGUUGUAGUGAUUCGAAUUCACCACUCGAUGGGGGAUGGUGCAUCCCUCAUGUCACUUCUACUAGCUUGUACCAGAAAAACAUCUGACCCGGACGCUUUGCCUAGUGUUCCAAACCAGAGGAAACAUCAGGGUAGUUCUUCAAGUGAUUUGAGUGUGUUCUGGUGGUUGUUAUUGGCUAUUUGGUCAGCAGUAACAUUGAUAGGGAACACUUUUGUUGAUCUUGUGCUGUUUGUUGCCACUAUUCUGUUUUUGAAAGAUACAAAGACUCCUAUUAAAGGUCCACCUGGUGUUGAGCUUACUGCCAAGCGCUUCUUGCAUCGAACGGUUAGUUUGGAUCACAUCAAGCAAGUAAAGAAUGCUAUGAACAUGACCAUCAACGAUGUUGUAUUGGGAGUGACACAAGCGGGUCUAUCGCAAUAUUUGAACUACAAAUAUGGUGAAAAUGAGAAAGAUGAGGGAGCAAAGAAGAAGGGAAACAAUCUUCCAAAAAGCAUCCGGCUCAGAGCAAAUAUUCUCGUUAAUUUACGAUCAGCUGCUGGGAUCCAGGAUCUGGCUGAUAUGAUGGCUAAGAAAUCCAAGACAAAGUGGGGCAAUAGGAUUGGAUACGUCCUUGUCCCCUUCAUCAUUGCUCUACAAGAUGACCCUUUGGAUUAUGUUCGUGGAGCCAAGUCGCAUCUUGAUCGAAAAAAGCACUCGCUUGAAGCAUUUUGCACAUACUUAUGUGCCAAUGUUUUAACCAAACUGAUUGGAGCCAAGGGAGCAGGAGCAGUAGCACACAGAGUUCUUUGUAACUCGACACUAGCCUUCACAAACUUGAUUGGUCCCCUUGAAGAAAUUAGCUAUUACGGACAUCCAGUUACCUACAUUGCUCCUAAUGUUUACGGCCACCCCCAUGCAUUGCAUAUACAUUUUCAAAGCUAUGUUGAUAAAAUGACUAUUAGCUUAGCUGUUGACCCCAAUGUGAUUCCCGAUCCUGAAAAGUUGUUGGAUGAUUUAGAAGAGUCACUCCAACUCAUCCACGAUGCUGUUGUCGAAAAGGGGCUCAACAUUGCCAAAGAAGGAAGACGCAGCUGUGUUUAGCUCCAAUUUAGGAGUCCACUAGAUGUCGAACAUUAUUUUUCUGCCUGAAGUAUAGUUCUAUGUAGGCAUUGUCGAUUACAUGUAGUCUAGGUUCUAAUUAACUUCCCUAGUUGACUUCUAUUUUAAGUAGAUUGUCAGACCUCAUCAGAAUCACAAAACAGACAGAUUAAUUGAUUCUACCAACAUUAAGACAUGCACAAUAAUAACUUCAAAAU